CACAGAAAACAGCUUUCAAUUCUACAAGCAAUGAAGCUCCUCGCAAUAAUGGCUAUUCUGUCAGGAUUUCCAUCAGUGAUAAUAAGACAGAAGCAAUGGUGUCCAUCACCAUGAAGGAUCUCCAGGAAAGGGAUGAAGGGGAUUACUGGUGUGGGGUGUCCUUACCUGGACCAGAUGAUGCAGAACAAGUGCACAUCAAGGUCAACGGAAGAAAAGAUUCAAAAUCUACAACUUGGACACCAACAGCAACUGGAUCACCAGAAAGAACAGGAACAACCAGAACAAAAUCCACUCUAACCAGUUUGUCUGUAUCAGUGACUGUGCCUUACAAUACCUUUUCCACAGAGGAGGUCAGAAAUAAUUCAGUGCUGACAACGCUCGGAGCCUGCUUUGGAGCUCUGCUGUUCCUGUGCUGCCUGACAGUCCCGAUUGCAAUGAAGAUUAAAGGAAAAAGAACAGAAGAGGCUACAAUGAACAAUGCAACACCUUCUGGGGAAGCUGUAGACUUAACCUACACUGAAGUGAGAAGUGGCAACAGCACACUGCCCCCUAGUGACAGCACCUAUGCCAAUGUCAGUCUCUCUCAGUGCCCCCCCACAGAGGAGUCUGUGGUGUACUCCAUCGUCGCCCGGUGAAGAGGAGGAGGAGGGUUUCCUGUGUGUGAGGAACAGGGUGGAGUCUCUUUUCAUGUGGAAUCAAUUAAUAGAAUUGGCUAAUUAGAACGCUUCUCAACAAACACUUGAGACAAUUUGAUGAAACUCAAAAAGUCCACUGAUCGAUUGCCAGAAAAGCCACAGAUUCAUCAUGAGGGUUGUGGCACCCCAGAGCCUGUCUUGGAUGAACAGGACACAAGGCAGGAUUGUGAUCUGGAAGGAAUGGAUCACCAACCCAUGUACAGGGCCUAUUGAGAGACAUGUCUUUAGCCAGCCAGUGCUGAGAAUAUGGGAGGAAUAUAAGGAAUCUGGGAAAACCCACACCCCCCCCCCAUGUCAUCCAGCUCAGAGAUCCUCACCUGCUGGAAGUGAGCAGACUGGAACUGCCUGCACACACCUGAACAUACCCUUGUCACUGAACACAGCCCACACCUGGACACAGAGGGGCCUGCUGCCUCAGCUCAACUUCUCACUAGGAAUGAAAUGGCAGGAGUGGGUAGCUGUGGAAGGAGAUGCCUUUCUACCACCCUGUUUGAUCAGUUUCUCUAUGGCUUGUGUUAUUUUAAUGUGGCCAUUCUAUGAGCUCAAGCAAACGUUUAGAAUUGGGAAAACAUUGUUACACGAAGUAAUUCAAACCCUAUUUUAAAACUUGUUGUUCAUGUUACCCUUAGAAAUAAAACACCAAGAGUCCUCAGGGGCUGUUGAAGGUCAGUACCGUGCUGUCUGUGCCUUGUGUGGGAGACCCCCGGUGGUGGUAGUGUACAGUAGCACUAGGGACCUUUGCACAUACUCUACUGUGUAUAUUUGCUGGCUUUAUCUGACAUAUAAACCAAAUAAAAUGCAACAAAUCAAA